AGCACUAGCAGAGAGUCAUAAACUGAAAACAGAACUUGGACACGACAACAAAAUUUAUUAUAUCGGUGGUGUCAUUUUUCCUUCCUUUUCAUCCAACAAAUUUACCUUUUAAAGUACAUUUUGCCGAAAUUCCAACCAUGAAAAUUCCUCUCGAAGAACUUUGCAUACAAGUUUCUCUUUCGAACAUCAUUUUUUGCAAAUUUUGUAGUUGAUUCUUUCAUUUCUGUGUAGUUUUCGGCGAGCCCAUUUAAAGCUUAUUCGUGUUCUUGUCCCUCUUGUGAAUUGAACCAUUUGAAGCUUCUCACUUUGUUCGGGUUCGCCGAUUUUUAACCGCUAUUUUUUGGUUUUUCUUUAAUUACUAUGUAAGUGUUUUUCCUUUUUUAUUUAGUAUCUCUUGUUCCGUUACUGAAGUAUUAUAAUACUGCCCACCUCAAUUUCCUGUUUUUUGUUUGUUGCAAUUCUUGUGAAUGAAUUUGAUUCUGGUUCGCCGCUGGUACUGAAACGAGAAAGAGCCGCCUAAAUAAGAAACCUAGAAAACUUCAAAUUUUUCUCUCUGGAAAUUAUACUGUGCUGGGGGUAAUUUAUCUUGUAAAUUUCUCAAGAGCUUAUCGACAUUAAUUACUCUACAAUGGGUUCAAGUGGUGCUUUUUAUCUUUUAGCAUUCACUAUUAGGGUACUUAGGAAAGGUCUCUACUAGCUUGGUAAAUAUGGCAAAUUAUAUACACAACAGAUGGUGUGAAAGCACAUGGAUGCCAUCUAUGAAGACAAGUUUGGCACUGUAAAAGCUUUGGGUCUUGAUAUCACUCUGACAAUAUGAAAGAUAAUUUUUGGGUGGAGGAAGUCAAUGGGCAACAGUCGGUUCCUAUAAGAAGGAAGAGAAAAGUUGUCCAAAGAAAAAUACAGUUUAUUGGUUGGGGCUCUAAGCCAUUGAUUGAAUUUCUUCAAUCAAUUGGUGAGGAUGCUUCAAAAAAGUACUCUAAGGUAGAUUUGGUUAAAACAAUUACUCGAUAUGUUAAAACUAAAUGCCUUAAUAGCCCGGAAAAGAAGAAAAAAAUUGUAUGUGAUGAGAGACUCUAUGCUCUUUUUGGAAAGAAAUCUUUAUCACAAGCAAAAAUCCAUUAUUUGCUGGAAGAACACUUGGCAGAAAACCAUGAUGAAUCAGAUGAUGAAGACUGUUCAGAAGAGGAGAAUUAUGAAGAAAAGAGUGCCUCGGGAUUGAAAACUGGACCUACCAGUAAAAUAAUUAAGGUUCCCGAGACUCCAAAGAGCUGCUAUGCUGCCAUUAUUCCUGAAAACAUCAAGCUUAUUUAUUUACGAAGGAGUUUAGUUCAGGAUCUUCUCAAGGUUCCUGAAUACUUUGAAACAAAAGUAGUUGGAAGUUUUGUUCGGCUCAAAUCUGAUCGGAAUGACAUUUUUCAGAAGCACCGCUUCCAUCUUGAGCAAGUUACAGGUAUAAAAUAUGUUUCUGGAGCUGCUGAUGUGGUUUGUGGAGUUCACCUUCAAGUUUCCAAUUGUAUAAAUGACACUCCUAUUAGCAUGCUGUCAGAUGAUAAUUUUUUGGAGGAAGAAUGUGAGGAUCUGCGAGACAGAGUGAAAUCUGGUUCGCUUAAGAGGCCAACCGUCGUGGAGCUUGAAAUAAAGGCUCAACUCUUGCAUGUGGACAUAACAAAGCAUUGGAUUCCAAAAGAGCUUUCGUUGUUACAAAAUCUCAUUGAUCGUGCCAAUGAAAAAGGAUGGAGAAAAGAAAAAUUCGAGUACCUAGAAAGAAGGAAGCUGCUGCAGAUACCAUCUGAACAAGAGAAAUUAUUGCUUAAUAUUCCAAAAGUGAUUGCUGAAGAACUAGACCUAGACAAUGUUCCAGCUAGAGAAAAAGCAGAAGGAACUAGUUUCUCCCCACAAUCAAUAUUUAGAGGGAGUUCAGAUGUCUCCAUUAAAGAUGCUGCAGUUUCAGGCACCAGGGAUCUUUUGUCCCCACCCGGACAUAUUUUCAAUGGUUCGGAAGUUGGCAAGGAACGGCCUGGGCACUUUGUGGAUGCAAUCGUAGCUCCUAAUGAUCCAGAUGGGUCCAAGGGUCUUGUGUCCCCAUCCCAACUUAUUGUGAAUGAUUCAGAAGCUUGCAGAGAACGUUGUGGAGGCUUCAUGGAUGGAGUCAUAGCUGCUAAUGAUCCUGGGAUCAAGGAUCUUGUGUCACCAUCCCAACUUAUUGUAAAUGAUUCAGAAGCUUACAGAAAAAAAUAUGGAGGCUUCGUAUAUGGAGUCAUAGCCGCUAAUAAUCCUGGUGAGGAUCAACCAUCUGACUUUGUUCAGAUAGAGAAGCAGCAUUCUGAGCCACCAGUCAAUGGAAACUAUGGACUGAUGACGAUUGUGGAUUUGGAAGAAAUGAACCCUCAACAAAAGCCGGAGGAACAGGAGGUGAUUGAUUUGAGCGAUGAUGAAUUGCCACCCCAAAACUCAAAAAAUGAGGGUCAACAAAUUGAUUAUGGGGACCUGUGCAUUCCUCCGAUAUGGCACUACGUGGAUCCACAGGGUAUCAUUCAAGGUCCCUUCUCAUUGUACGACCUGAAACGGUGGAGUGAUGCUGAUUACUUCCAUCCAGGUUUCACAGUUUGGAGAAGUGGCCAAAGCCAACAUGAUGCUGUUCCCUUACUCAACCUCCUCCAUCAAAUUUUUCCUCUCUGAACAACUAGAGAUGAUGUUAAGAAGCUUUUGAAAUCUUGAAGUCUGCAAGUUUCUGAUAAGUCCUUUUUUUUUCCCCUUUCUUUUUGCCCUCUUUUCUGUGAACUUUCUUCUUACAAUAUUGUAGGCAUAGAAGCCCUAGUAAAAUAGUACAGAAGAUAUCUUCUUGUUAGUCGAAGUCGAUUCUCAAAUGCAUCAUGGUUACAAGAAUAGUCUCCACCUGAUCCAUUUUGUAUUUCUUUGAUUAGAGAGGUAUCAGUUGUUGAGUUUGUAAGGAUUGUUUCAUUGUUAGUACUGCACUCUGUGUGUUUUUGAAAAUGAAUCUUUUUAUACAAUUUAUAGUCGUAGCU